GGUCAAACUAACUAACUAAAAAAAGUCAACCCAACUGCCAAUUGUCAAACAACACGUAGCAUAUCUUCCAAAAAGAAAAUCAAAGCCAAAGGUUGUAGCCAAUGCCCAACAGCUCAGUAGACUAAUAUUAGUACCAUUUUUAAUGUCUGCGGCCGUUUUUCUAAAUUUAACCCAUUUUUUCUGAACCGCCGUUAUAUCACUUCUCGUAUUCUCUCCUCCUUUUCUUCCUCGCCUCUCCCGCCGUUGUCUUCGCUCAGCUGUUUUUUCAAUCGCACUAGAACCCCAUUUUCCAUGGCUGGCGAAGGGAAAGCUAAAUCUGGUGGUAAGAAGAAAGAAGUCAAGAAAGAGACUGGUUUAGGAUUGACUCACAAAAAGGAUGAUAAUUUUGGGGAGUGGUAUUCGGAGGUUGUUGUCAAUGCUGAGAUGAUAGAAUAUUAUGAUAUCUCUGGCUGUUACAUUUUGAGGCCUUGGACUAUGGCUAUUUGGGAGGCUAUGCAAGAAUUUUUUGAUGCUGAAAUCAAGAAGAUGAAGAUAAAAAAUUGCUACUUUCCUCUGUUUGUAUCACCUGGUGUGCUGCAGAAGGAAAAAGACCACAUUGAGGGUUUUGCCCCAGAGGUUGCUUGGGUAACCAAGUCUGGACAAUCUGAGUUGGAAGUGCCAAUUGCUAUUCGUCCCACUAGUGAGACUGUUAUGUAUCCAUAUUAUUCAAAGUGGAUCAGGGGACACCGUGACUUGCCUUUAAGGCUUAAUCAAUGGUGUAAUGUUGUUCGUUGGGAAUUCAGCAAUCCUACUCCUUUCAUCCGGAGCCGUGAAUUUCUUUGGCAAGAAGGCCAUACUGCUUUUGCAACACAGGAAGAAGCUGAUGCUGAGGUUCUGGACAUAUUGGAACUAUACAGGCAGAUAUAUGAAGACUUUUUGGCUGUUCCAGUGAUCAAGGGCAAAAAAAGUGAAAUGGAGAAAUUUGCUGGUGGAUACUACACAACUAGUGUUGAGGCCUUUAUACCAAACACUGGACGUGGAGUACAAGGUGCAACCUCGCAUUGUUUGGGUCAGAAUUUUGCAAAGAUGUUUGAAAUUACUUAUGAAAAUGAUAAAGGAGAGAAAGCAAUGGUGUGGCAGAACUCAUGGGCGUACAGUACCCGAACGAUAGGGGUCAUGGUGAUGACACAUGGUGAUGACCGAGGCCUAGUUUUGCCACCAAAAGUUGCUGCUGUUCAAGUAAUAGUGGUGCCUGUCCCUUUCAAAGAUGCAGAUACACAGGGAAUUUUUGAUGCAUGUUCUUCUACUGUAAAUAUUUUGAGCGAAGCAGGUAUUCGGGCUGAGGCAGAUCUUAGGGAUAAUUAUUCUCCAGGUUGGAAGUACUCACACUGGGAGAUGAAAGGUGUUCCUUUGAGGCUUGAGAUUGGACCAAAGGAUUUAGCCAACAGUCAGGUUCGUGCUGUUCGACGUGAUAAUUCGGCCAAGAAGGAUCUUCCAAUGGCUAAUUUGGUUGAUCAGGUCAAAGAAUUACUGGAUGCAAUUCAGAAGAACUUGUUUGAUCUUGCUAAGGAGAAAAGAGAUGCAUGCGUUCAAAAAGUUAGGACGUGGGAUGAGUUUGUUGAGGCUUUGGCCAAGAAGAAACUGAUUUUUGCUCCUUGGUGCGAUGAAGAGGAAGUCGAGAAAGAUGUCAAAGCUCGAACAAAAGGUGAGAUGGGAGCUGCUAAGACAUUGUGCUCCCCGUUUGACCAGCCAGAGAUGGAAGAAGGUACCCUUUGCUUUGCCUCCGGAAAGCCAGCUAAAAAGUGGACGUAUUGGGGAAGAAGCUACUAAACCGAAUCUGCAAAUGUAUUUUCUCGUGCCCUCAAAACGAUGCCAUUAUUUACACAACCUACUGCAUUUCUUAAGAUACUAUCAUAUUAUAGAUUGGUUUUUGGUGUUUUUGUUGUUUCGAUCCAUCAGAAUUGGUUGAUCUAUAGAGCUCUUUUGCGUGGCAAGGAUAUGUUUGUACACUACAUUUUUGUUUCUAGUCGAGGUGGAUCAGUGCUUUGAAAUGUGAGAUCCGUUCUCUUAACUUUUAUGUUUGUCAGUCACGGAACUACUCAACAUUUAGGGCAAU